AUGGCCUCCACAACGCAGGCGGCCAAGCAGGUCUCCAAGGCCUUGGACUCCGCGGCUCACAAGAUCAUCGAGUCGACCAGGGUCGCGACUGGCACCCAGAAGGCACGAAUCGAUCCGCAAAUCCCGAUCCAGGGCAAGAAAAGAGAACCGGGCUCCAAUGCAUUCAAAGAACAUGAACACCGGGAGACUAUGCGGCUUCGGAAAGCCCUCGACUCCGUCUCCCAUGGAAAAAAUAUCUUCGUCUACACCAACGUGCGGACAAAGCAGGUGGUCUACUCAUUGACCCGCUACUUACAAGAGAACAACGUCCUCCGCCAACUGAUAUACCAUGGCAAAAAGACUGUCCCCGCCGAACUCCGCCGCGACAUGUGGGCGCCCUAUUACUCAGUGCACUUCAGCAACUCACGGCUCGGCCUCCGCGCCUAUCAGCUCCUCCGCGAGUUCUCCAUGCAGCGCCAGCUCUCGCCCCCACCAGAGAUGAUCACCGUGACCGAGGAAUUAUUAGCCGCCAAGCGGCCCAAGAACCCCGUGGAGGCAGAGGAAUUCGACAAGAUGAACCUGAAGCGCAUCGGCAAGACAAUGGAGAAGAAGGAGCGCGCCCGCGUGCUGAUGGAUCAGCGGGCCACCUCUGUCGCUGAUAUCGCGGCUGUGGUUUCCAUCCAGGACCAAGCGAUUGCGGACGGGUUUUUGGAGAGGGAUGGCAAGCGCGGAUAUCUGACUCGUAAGGCGCGGCAGCGUCGGAGAGCCGCAUUGAAGGAGGCACAGGAGAAGGCCGAGGAGAACCAGGCUUAUGUCGCGGAUCUGGAAGCUCGCAUGAGCGAGAGUCAGGGCGAGGAUGUCGAGAUUCCGGAAGUGGUGAGAAUCCUCUGGCGGGACGUCCACGAUGCCCAGUUCGCGGAAAAUUGGUCUAAAAACGUCAGACACGGUCAGCUGCAGCUCUCCCCUGAUGCUCAGAUCAUGCCUAUGGGAGUUCCAGAGCCAGCGAACAUUGAGGAGUUGGAGGAGUUGGAGGAGAUGAGACAGAAGGAGGCAGCGAAGGCAGCUAAGGAGCCUGAAAAGAAGAAGAAGUUGAGCUUCUUUAGCUAG